AUGGCUAUCAAAAGAACCAGACCAGCUCCAAAACUCAACAGGGCUUGUAUGCUUUGUGGAGUGGUUCAAUCCAUGAGUCAAUUCCGAAAUGAAGGAUGUCCUAAUUGUGAAUCGGUGCUACAUUUUACAGAUAACGAUGACUUGAUCAGAGAAUGCACGUCGCCCUCCUUCGAGGGAUUAGUGGCAUACAAGGGAGAUGAAGCCUCAUGGGUGGCCAGAUGGCUGAGAGUGGAAAACUUUGUGCCUGGGGUCUAUGCGGUUCGUGUGGGCGGUAAGCUUCCUGAAGAUGUUCGGAGUGAUCUCUAUUCGCAAGGGGUCGAGUAUAGACCAAGGGAUGGUAGCGUACGCGAUUAG